AUGUCACAUACAGCUUCACACGUAGUCAUUGGCGCUUCUCGCGGAAUCGGAAAUGAUUUAGCAAAACAACUUUUUGAACAAAAUGCUGGAGGAACGAUUGUGGGAACCAUGCGUAAAGCUGAUGAAAGUGUUUUACCAAAAGGCGUUCAAAUUGAAUCUCUUGAUAUGACAAAACAAUCAAGCGUUGAUAGUUGUGCAGCAAAAUUUGGAGCGAUUGAUACUUUGAUCGUUAAUGCCGCAAUGGGAAGUCCUGAUACAAUGUUGGGUUCAGAUGCAAGCUUACUCUCUUCUUACCUUGAAACGAACGUUGUUGGAACCCAUCGUGCCGUUUUAGCUUUUUUACCCGCUUUGAGAAAGGGAAAGAAGAAACAAAUCAUUCUGCUCUCCAGCACAAGUGGAAGUUGUGACUUACAGCGAAACGAGCCAUCUGGAUUUCAAGGUCCUUAUUCUGUCUCAAAAACGGCAACGAACUCACUCGGUAUUCAAUAUCACAACGAAUUAAAAGAUGAAGGUUUUACCGUACUCUUAAUUCAUCCAGGUUGGGUAGCGACUGAUAUGGGUAAACAAAUUAAUGAUGGACGAGGUGCAAAAACGACACAACAAAGCGCCAGCGAUAUUCUCAAGAUCUUAUCAAACUUAAAACCUGAACAAAGCGGUUCUUAUUUACGCGAAACUGGCGAACCAUUGAAUUGGUAA